AUGUCCUCCCUAUGGGACCGCCUACUUUCUCGGAUAAGCGACACCCAGACCGCCGCUCGUGGCGCCGGCGCCGGGCAGCUGGGAACUGUGAAGCCACACGACAUCGACUUUUCCGCCCUGCCUUUGGGCUACAAACCCGCCAUCGCGAGCCGCCGCGGGGCGCGCCUGCAUUGGACGCCCGAUGGCGACGCGGUGACCGUCCACACCACCAACCACGCGCCGGACCUGCCCCUCUCAGCAACCUCGAAGGCGGAGCUCUUCGCAGCCCUGAACGCCGCCGACCGCAACGGCGGCAUGGCGCGCUGCGCGCUGCUUGUCGAGGCGCGCGCGCUGCGCGCGUGCGGCGGCGCGGCAGCGGUGUGGUCGGUGGCGGAGGUGCACUGUAAGCCCGGCCCCGCGGCCGCCGCCGCAGCGCGCGCGGGGCCGGCGGCGGCGGUGGCGGCGGGGCCGGCGGUGGUGUACGUGGGCACGCUGACAAUUCCAUUCGAAAACGCCAGCAUCGUUUUCAGGGUGGAGUGCGCGGGCGGCGCCAGCCGCGGCGCGGCCGGCGGCUCCGACGCGGCGCCAGCCGCGCAGCAGCAGCAGCAGCAGCAGCAGCAGCAGCAGCAGCAGCAGCAGCAGCAGCAGCAGCAGCAGCAGCAGCCCCAGCAGCAGCAGGCAAAGGGGACCGCGCCGGCAGCGCACCUGCGGCAGCGCCUGGCCGCCGCCGCGGCCGUGACCGGCGGCGCAGAGCUCGACAGCGGCAGCGAAGACGACGAAGAUGAUCUGCCCUUUGACCACCCCCUCUCCCGCGCGCGCCGCGCGCUGCGCGACCUGGCCGCCCGCGCGCGCCUGCGAGGCGCCGCCGCGGGCCGCGCGCCGUUCCCGAUGCCGCUGCUGGUGGCGCUGCCGCCGGCAGACGGCGGGGCCGGGGCCGCCGCGUGGCUCCGUGGGUAG